AAUGAUCUAAUACAGAAGAGCAAAAUGAAUGGUGCCAAAACAGUAGCAACACCCAUGUCUUCUUCGGGUUUGUCUCCUCAGAAUGGUUCUCCAACUCUCUCCGAUGCUACCGCUUACAGGAAAUUAGUGGGUUCUCUGCAGUACUUGUCCUUCACUCGUCCUAACAUUUCAUUUGCUGUAAAUAAACUAUCUCAGUAUAUGCAUUGUCCCACCGAGUUGCACUGGCAAGCAGUCAAACAUAUUCUACGGUAUCUGAAGGGCACCAUGUUCCAUGGCUUAUUGAUGCGGUCUAGCUCUAGUCUAGCUCUUCAUGCUUUUAGUGAUUUUGACUGGGCAGAGUACAGAGCCUUGGCUGCUACUUCUUCUAAGUUAGUUUGGGUACUGCAUUUGUUGAGUGAGCUUGAUCUUCAUUUUGGUACUCCAUUCGUUCUUUACUGUGACAAUGUUGGUUCUACAUACCUCAGCAGUAAUCCAGUCAUGCAUUCUUGUAUGAAGCACAUAACAAUUGAUCACCACUUCAUUUGUGAUUUAGUUGGCAAGAGAAUUCUUCGUGUUCCUCAUAUUGCCUCAGCAGAUCAACUUGCUAAUGGGUUGACCAAACCAUUGUCUUCCUUUCGCUUUGCCUUGCUACGUUCCAAGAUUGGUGUCGUUGAUGGCUCCACCAUCUUGCGGGGGCGUAUUAAGGAAACCUUAGAUACUGCCCCAUAAAUCAUGGCUCAAUCACACAUGAUUAUCACGAUUAUUUUGCCAAUUAUAUAUUUUGUAAUAAUUAAGAUUCUGCUCAUUAUGUAUAUUUCCUCUUUCACUAGUUCCUUCCAUAAAAGUAAAUUAGGGCUGCUACAGAUCUUGUAUAUAUAUACAUGUAAAAUCAGUGAAUAUAUAUUACAGCUUCUA